AUGGCAGCAGAUCCUCAACGGCAUGGUCAUGUUGCAUUUUGUGUUGUCUGUGCAAGCAAUCAAAAUCGCUCCAUGUCAGCACAUGCCGUGCUCAAGGAGGCCGGAUUUCAAGUGACGUCAUGUGGCACGGGGUCAGCGGUGCGACUGCCUGGGCCAUCUAUCGAUAAACCUAACAUUUACGCAUUCGGAACGCCAUACGACACCAUGUACCAGGAUCUUUUGAGGAAAGAUCCCCGGCUAUACGAAGCCAACGGGCUGUUACCGAUGCUCGAUCGGAAUCGGCACAUAAAAACGGCUCCAGAGCGGUGGCAGGAGUGUCGUAGGGUUUCCGAUGUGGUCAUUACUUGUGAAGAGCGGUGCUUCGAUAGCGUUUGUGAAGAUUUGCUGAGCCGACGGCAUGAACUGAAUCGCUCCGUCCACGUAAUUAAUGUCGAGAUCAAGGAUAAUCAUGAAGAAGCAAAAAAAGCCUCCAGUGCGUUUCUUGCCCUUGCAGAGGCUAUCGAGCAAGCCCGUGAUAUUGACGAAGACAUCGACGCCAUUCUGGAGAGGCAACAAGAACAAUUUGCCUAUCCUCUGCUACAUAGUGUAGCGUAUUACUGA